AGUUGGUCACUGCCACUUUAUCACUCGCUCUUUCUUUCUGCGUGUUGUUGGCACAAUGGAGUCUCUGUUAUCUGUAACAUCUUCUUCUCUGAAAUUCUUAGUGAGAGCUUCAUGGGACACACAGCAGAGACUCCCUUACAAUCCCAACGCUCCCAGAAAGCUUAAGAAUAACAUUGUUGCAACUCCCACUCCCACUCCUCCAAUUACGCGCAAGAGGGAGCAAUACAUUUCCGAUCUUCUCAAGCGCGCCACUCCUCUCCCCACCAUAGGGCAUAUAGAAGAAGUACAAGAUGAAACCUAUUUGGGGUAUGAGAAAUGGCUCCCAACUCCACCAAAAGUGGUCAAGCCUCGUUCCGUCUUUAAUGCUGCUACUUUAGCCUAUAUUGGUGAUUGCAUAUACGAGCUAUAUGCCCGUAGGCACUUUUUAUUCCCUCCCCUUAGUAUUGAAGAAUACAAUGAUCGUGUUAUGGCAGUUGUUCGUUGCGAAGCUCAAGAUGCAUUGCUGCAGAAACUUCUUGAGAGUAACUUCUUAUCAGAUCAGGAGAGGGAUGUUCUUCGAUGGGGAAAGAACAUUGUUUCCAGCAAAACUAAGACGAAAAAACGUGCUGGUGCAGCUGUGUAUAAUAGAGCAUCUUCACUAGAAACACUAGUUGGCUAUUUGUAUUUGACAAAUGUGAAUCGCUUGGAAAAGCUGAUGUUAGAGUUGGGAUUCUCAGUUGACUCUUCCGUGGCUUUGAAUGUUGAGGAAAUAGUAAAAACUGGAGUUAACAAAGAAACUACAGAAACUGAAAUAAGAAAGGAACAUAAAUGGAGUAAUUGACUAAUUGGCAGGUGAGUUGAACAAUGGAUAAAUAUGAUCUUCAGGCAAUCGGAAUUCCACAGGAGCAGGCAAAACAGUUUCUGAAGAUUUUGUUUGAUCCAUUGUAUUCUUCUGCAAAGCAUGACUUCCUCUUUUACUUUGGCGGGAGAAGCUGUAUCAGAACCACAUUCCAACAGCAUAUAUUUCCAUGCUAUAGAUUAGAAGCCUUCGAGGUCCUUCAUAACAAUUUUUCUGCUGCACAAAGGUUCUGGCACCGUAGUUUGUUAGUAAUGUAUCUUUUUCAGAGGCGUAAAGUCAGAAGAAGAUAGUAAUGCAGCGAAACUUUUGGUUUUAUGUGAUAGAUUCGUGAUGGGAUUUGCAAAUUUUGCUCGAACUUUGUAGAGUUGGUUGGUUCAUGUGCGAAUUUUGUUGACUGAAUAUUAGGGACAGAGACCAAGAUGUCUAUUUGUAUUAUUACUUUGGAAUUAUUACCUCUAGUCUUUUAACAACUUCACAAGAUAUUAACAGUAUUCAAAUUAUUAACAAUUUGAAUAGUUUGGAGGAAUCUUUUAUUUUUAAAAUGUUCUCAUUCUCAUAAAA